CCGGUUACCGGGGCCGCUCGUUAACUCGUCAACUUUCGGAAAUGGAUAGCAGCUCGAGAGGAGUGAACGUGAGCCCGAACGGCCCGCACUGCGCGUGUGUGUAGGACGGGCUCAAAAGGCGCGUGGUCUGCGCGACAGCCGCCUCCGUUUUAUUUCUCACUGCUCCUCUUGUCGGUCGGUGGCUUCGGCUGCCGUUCUCUUCGGUUAGCUGUUCACUUGUGUUCUGCUCCGUGUACGAACGCUCGUGUCAGUUGUCUGUAUGUGUGGUUUGCGCGUGAACCGGCUAAAUCAAAGUAGAAGCAGGCCAGCGCGAGCCAGCAGUAAAGGCAGGCAGGCAGGGCAGAGAUGCAGCCCGCGAGCGCCCAGCUAGCAACCGUACGUACACUGCAAGAGAUGUUCACGUCCACACCGGGGAUCCUCAUGCUGUCCAUGCUAAUAUGUCUCCAGCACUGCAUUAACGUCCACGGUACUAAGACGGAAUGUGAGGCCAGCCAGUUUCAGUGUGGAAACGGUCGCUGCAUCCCGUCCGUCUGGCAGUGUGACGGAGACGAGGACUGCGCCGAUGGAAGUGACGAGAACUCCUGUGUUAGAAAGACUUGUGCGGUGGUGGACUUUGUUUGUCGCAAUGGCCAAUGUGUCCCGAAGCGCUGGCACUGUGAUGGGGAGCCUGACUGCGAGGAUGGGUCCGACGAAAGCGUAGAAAUCUGCCACAUGAGGACAUGUCGUGUGAACGAGUUUAGCUGCGGAGCAGGCUCCACUCAGUGUAUCCCCAUCUUCUGGAAAUGUGACGGAGAGAAGGACUGUGACAAUGGAGAGGACGAGGUCAACUGCGGUAACAUCACCUGUGCUCCAAAUGAGUUCACGUGCGCCAGCGGCCGCUGCAUCUCCCGGAACUUUGUCUGUAAUGGUGAGGACGACUGUGGCGACGGCUCAGAUGAGGUGGAGUGCGCACCGUCGUCCUGCGGCCCCAGUGAGUUCCAGUGUGGAAACUCAUCGUGCAUCCCGGCCAGCUGGGUGUGUGACGACGACGUUGACUGCCAGGACCAGUCAGAUGAGUCUCCGUCUCGUUGCGGCCGUCACCCGACGCCGCCUGCCAAGUGUUCAUCCAGUGAGAUGCAGUGUCGUUCAGGAGAGUGUAUUCACAAGAAGUGGAGGUGUGACGGAGACCCAGAUUGCAAGGACGGCAGCGACGAAGCCAACUGUCCUGUACGCUCGUGUGUUCUGGAUCAGUUCAAAUGUGAUGACGGAAGCUGUAUCCUGGGCAGCAGACAGUGUAACGGCAUCAGAGACUGCGCCGAUGGAUCAGAUGAAGUCAACUGCAAAAACAUGACUCAGUGUAAUGGACCAGAGAAGUUCAAGUGUCGCAGCGGUGAGUGUAUCGAGAUGAGCAAAGUGUGCAACAAGGCCCGAGACUGUCCCGACUGGAGCGACGAACCCAUCAAGGAAUGCAAUCUAAACGAGUGUCUCAUGAACAAUGGCGGCUGCUCUCACAUCUGCAAAGACAUGGUGAUCGGCUUCGAGUGUGACUGCACGCCGGGACUUCAGCUCAUAGACCACAAGACCUGUGGAGACAUCAAUGAGUGUGUGAACCCCGGCAUCUGCAGUCAGAUCUGCAUCAACUUGAAGGGUGGAUACAAGUGUGAAUGCCACAACGGCUACCAGAUGGAUCCGACCACCGGAGUCUGCAAGGCUGUUGGUAAGGAGCCUUCCCUGAUCUUCACUAAUCGACGUGACAUCCGUCGCCUGGGUCUGGAGAGGAAGGAGUACACUCAGAUUGUAGAGCAGCAGAGGAAUGCAGUGGCUCUGGAUGCAGACUAUAACCAGCAGAUUAUCUUCUGGGCUGACCUGGGCCAGAGGGCAAUUUAUAGCACUCUGCUGGACAAACGAGGGGAUGUCGGCGUCCACAGCAAAGUGAUUGACAACGUCCAGACUCCUGUGGGAAUCGCCGUGGACUGGAUCUAUAAGAACUUGUACUGGUCUGAUCUUGGCACCAAAACCAUUUCUGUAGCCAACUUCAACGGAACCAAGCAGAAAGUUCUAUUCAACAGAGGCCUCAAAGAACCGGCAUCCAUCGCUGUAGAUCCGCUGUCGGGGUUCCUGUACUGGUCUGACUGGGGCGAGCCAGCAAAGAUUGAGAAAUCUGGUAUGAACGGAGUGGACAGACAGGUUCUGGUGACGACAGACAUCCAGUGGCCUAAUGGAAUCACCCUGGAUCUGAUCAAAGGCCGGUUGUACUGGGUUGACUCUAAGCUGCAUAUGCUCUGUAGUGUUGACCUGAAUGGAGACAACAGAAAGAAAGUACUCCAGUCUCUGGACUACCUGGCUCAUCCCUUUGCUCUGACAGUUUUUGAGGAUCGAGUCUUCUGGACAGAUGGCGAAAAUCAAGCCAUCUUUGGCGCAAACAAGUUCUCGGGCUCAGACGUGGUGACGCUGGCCAGCAACCUGAAUGACCCCCAAGACAUCAUAGUGUACCAUGAGCUGAUCCAGCUGUCAGGUCCUAACUGGUGUGCAGAGAAAGGUGCAAACGGAGGUUGUAGCUACAUGUGUCUGCCCGCGCCACAAAUCAACAAACACUCCCCCAAAUACACCUGUGUGUGUCCAGAGGGACAGGAGCUGGCUGCUGACGGCUUACGCUGCAGACCUGAAGCCAAUGUGAGCACAUCCAUCCAGGUGAACUCCCCAGCCAGAGGGUCUGCUGCUGCCUGGGCCAUACUUCCUGUCUUACUGCUGGCGAUGGCAGCGGCUGGCGGCUACCUGAUGUGGAGAAACUGGCAGCUGAGGAACCAGAAGAGCAUGAACUUUGACAACCCCGUCUACCUGAAGACCACAGAAGAAGACCUCAACAUUGACAUCACCCGGCACGGUGCAAACGUGGGUCACACCUACCCUGCGAUCUCGAUAGUGAGCACAGAUGACGAUAUAUCAUGAUUGCCGGAGUGUUGCAUGGCGCCACGUCGUUCCCAUGCCGACGGUUGUCCAUAGCAGCAGCCCUUACAGUAUGACCACAUGCCUUCUAAAGUGAAUUAUGUCAUUACCUUUUCAGAGAGGAUGACUUGAGGAAAUGUGAUUAUGUGAAUACUACAAUGAAUUAUGUCCAUAACUAUUCUCACUCGGUGCGUCCAAAGUGUUCACGAUUUCUUUUCCUUUUGGUCCUUAUUUUUGGACCACAGCUUUUGUCUUUUUUUUUUUUAUUUCAUUUUUUUGCCCCACCCCUCUAAAGGAAUCCAUCUUUUCACAAGAGAUGAAAGAAACGCAGGGAAUUUCCUCAGUAUGAUCACCUCUAGCUGGGCUGUCUGUGUUCAAACUGACAAGAGGACGGCGUACGUUUCUCCCCAAACAGACUCUGCUGGACAGGAUUUAAAUCUGGAUCGGAGUUCUCAGUAGCCGUCGUGACAUGUGUUAAAGACGGCGUGAGAUUCCCUUUAGCUUAUUACUCGGAGUACAGAGGGGUGCCGGGUCAUGAGGAAACAAAAAUGAAACAUUAAUUUCUUGCCUCCUCUGAUCCAACACGCUCAGAUGUGUUAAUAUUUAUGUAUCAUGUUUUGGGCAGCAAUAUCUAAGAUUAAAUUUUUUUAUUUGCUAAUUUUAUUUUAUUUGCAAUGGUACCUCCCGGAGUGCAUUCUUACAAGCUGUUUAUUCAGCCAGUAAUUAUUAUUAUUAUUAUUAUUAUUAUUAUAUAAGCUGUGUAAGGAUAAUUAUGGUGAAUGCAUUUGUAAACAUUGUACAUAUUUACCCAUCAUCCCUCAGACAUGACUGUCAAUCAGGACUCUCUUCAAUGCACUUUGAUCAAAUGUUCCUCAUGUAAAUAAGAUUGUAUACAUUUGACUUGAAAUACAUUUUUGCUAUGGUUGGGCAUCGUACCAGGGUUAAAGUUCAGUAGUAUUUAACAAGAAAGAGAAGCUGAAAAACUAAAACGCAACUCAAUUUGGUUAAAAACUAUUUUGUAUGUUUGUGCUGUUGCUGUGAACUUUUUCUAGCCUUGUACAGUGAGGGGGGGGGGGGGCGACUAGUAAAACUAAAGCGCUGUAUCUGAAGAAACUGACUGGACCACUUGAGAAAUAAAACCUAGUCCACAACCUUGUUCAA